GCAGCUUCGGCGAUGCUUUAAAAAAAGGCUUGUUUUCUCUCGGCUUCAAGGAAACAUUGCUUGCGCAAAGAAACAGCGGGGAAAGAAUGAAACGAAUGAAACAAAAGUCAUAUGGCCACGCUUCCCAUACAUAUAUUAUAGUUAGGAUUUCGCCUAGGAGGUAACUUAACUUAAUCAAUUCAUGAUUCAAUGCAUGCGAGUGACCUUGUGUCCCGCCGCUGCUUGGGUUGCGGUAACGGGUACCUCCUAUGUGCGGGAUUGCGUGUACUCUGCCGCCAGCGCUGCCAGCUUAGUUUCAAUAGAUAGCAGCAGAUGUCUGUCGGCGGUUGGUUUUCUAUUCGUCCUUCUCGGUGUAUACAUGGUACCCAUGAGUACCCAUGAUAGGGGUGAUAUAGAUAAUUAUACAUAUCAUUAUCAUAUCCCCAGUUCAACCGUGCAUCUGAUAUGUUAGAUGAAUACGGACAUCUCGCUCAUCUCCUCCUGAACUCUCUCCUUGCUCCCGCCCCCCUUCCCCUCUCCCCUCUCCCCUCCCCGCGCGCGCGCGCCCCCCCCCCCCCUUCCCCCUACUCCCCUACUCCCCUACUCCCCUGCUCCCCCACCUAAAACCUCCGUAGCGCACUAUUCGGCGACAUUGUAGGAUGCGCUUAAGGGCAUCUUCAUCUCCGCCUCCGUCUCCAGCCCAGUCUUGGCUAUUAACGAGCCAAGCCCUCCUCCUCCUCACCGUUCUCAUACAUGCCGUUAAUUUGAACGUAACUAACGAUGAAUCCGUCAUAAAAGUCGCCCAAGAGCUCGCAAAGGGUCUGAGAAGCUACUACACAGGUGACGCUCCCGGGAAUGUCCCCGGAACCCUGCCCCCGCCCUACUACUGGUGGGAAGCCGGCGGGAUGUUCGGCGGCCUGAUCGACUACUGGUUCUAUACCGGCGACUCGACCUACAACAGCAUCAUCAUCCAAGCUAUGGUGCACCAAGCUAGCCCGACCCGCAACUUCAUGCCGGUCAACCAGACGAGAUCCGAAGGCAACGACGACCAGAGUUUCUGGGCCUUAGCCGCCAUGGCCGCGGCGGAGCGCAAUUUCCCCAGCCCGCCCCCGGACCAGCCAGACUGGCUUGCCCUCGUGCAGGGCACCUUCAACUCGCAGGCGGCGCGGUGGAAUACAGAGACGUGCGGUGGCGGGCUCAAGUGGCAGAUCUACCCGUUUAACUCCGGGUACAACUACAAGAAUACCAUCUCGAACGGGUGCUUUUUUAACAUCGGGGCACGGCUGGCGACGUAUACCGGCAACAAGUCGUAUGCGGUCUGGGCGGAGAAGGCGUGGGAUUGGAUAGAGAGUGUUGGAUUGGUGACGGACAAUUACCAAUUCUUGGACGGCGCGGAUGAUGAGCAAAAUUGCACGAAGCCCGAUCCGAUCCGGUGGACGUAUAACGCGGGCGUAAAUAUGUUGGGCACCGCGCAUAUGUAUAAAUUCACCAAUGGCAGCGACAAAUGGAGAACCCGGCUACAAGGCAUCCUCGACGCCCUCGACAUCUUCCUGCGGCCGGAAACAUCCAUCCUCUUCGAAUCCGCCUGCGAGCCCUACAACACCUGCAAAACAGACCAGCUCUCCUUCAAAGCCUACCUCGUCCGCUGGAUGGCCGCCACAACCCAAGUCGCCCCCUUCACAGCCAAGCGGAUCAUGCCAAUCCUUGCCGCCUCCGCCGCCGGCGCCGCGAAGGCAUGCGCGGAGGGAGCCGGCCCGGACUUGACGACGGCGUGCUCGCUGAAAUGGGACGUGGGCAAGUUCGAGGGGGUGACGGGGGUGGGACAGCAGCUCGCGGCGCUGGAGGUGGUUCAGUCGAAUAUGGUCCGGAGCGUCCCGCCGCCUGUGUCGGCGUCGACGGGGGGAACGAGUAAGGGAGAUCCUGGCGCGGGGUAUCGACACAACAGUGAUGUUCCGCCGGAGAUUGCGACGAGGCGGAUCACGGUGGGGGAUAGGGCCGCCGCUGGAAUUUUGACGGUUAUAUUGCUUGGUAGUAUAGUUGGGGGAGCGUAUGUGUUGUUUACCUAGGGAUGUUGAGUCUCUUCGUUGGGUUUUUUUCUUGACUUUCAGAUUAUUAAGCUCCAUCUCGCAGCUUCAUCUCACAGAUCUCUCAACAUUCUCAGAAUCUCAGCUAUAGAAUUCUCUCAGAUGUAUAGAGAUUCUCAACAGAUAGAGUCUCUUUGAAUAUAGAGUCUUUCUGAGUAUAGAGCUCUCUUAAAUAUAGUCUUCUCUCAGAACGGAGAUUUUCAGAUAAGAAAUCGUCAGAUAUAGAGACUUUCUAAGUAUAGAGAGUCUGAAAGAAUAGAGAUCUCUGAGUAUAAAAACAUUCUGAGUAUCUAAAUAGACUCUCAGAUCUACUCAAUAUUAAAUAAUGUCACCAAAGCCAAACAUUGAUAAGAGCAACUACAACUUUUUCCCCGAAUACUGUCGGCUCCUUGUUCGCUCUGCAAAUGUUGAAGCAAUCAAGCUCAGAAUUUGAACAGUGUGGGCAAAAGCUUGAGAAGAGAGAUAUAUAUAACCCAACAACAGCACAAACAAAAAUGGGGAGAUAAAAUUUGCAUUUGUCUGCGUUACUACUGCCGCAAUCGCUCACUCGCAGCCUGAUAAGUGCCAUAUUAUUAUCGAUCAAAAACCAUAAGAAUCAUGUCAUGUCGCAUCUCGCAUCUCGCAUCUCGCAUCUUCCGUGAUGGUCCCAACAUCGCCUGGACGUCUCAAAAAUUACCAUCAUCUUCAUUCUCCUCUCCUCAAGUCACCACCUCCCCACGUGUUUCGAUCUCGAACAUCAAAUCAAAAUCAAUCACACGGUCCCCGCCGUACCCCCAGUCUCAGCCGACUGUCUGGGGACUUCCUUGGUAGGGUGCGUGGCUGGGGAGCGAUUCUUGUGGUACGUCCAGAGGUUGUAGAUUUCAAGCAUGGCGGCAGCAAGGCAGCCGAAGCUGGGAAAUAUGUUAGUCGUAAGAUUUUCUUCUA